GCCGUGCUGAGCUCUGACCAGGCGGGGCGGUUGGUUGUUUUUCCGGACUCCAUUUUAGGCUCGCUCUGGGCUGGGAAGGGUGUUGGAUGAGCGACUGUUUGCGGGGCAGCGGCGGGCUACGUCAAGGCCAGGCCCGGGCUCUGGCCUUGUUGCGCGUGGCCACUGUAUGACGCUACCCUUCUGCCUCUUGGGGCCUGGGCCGUGCUGAGCUGAGAAGGAAACAGCAGCUCCCAGCGGACAGAAAUGGGCGCUGGGGGCCGCGCGGCCACUCCCGUUUCUGGAAGGCGCUCCUCUGGUUCUUGCUGCUCCUAAGCCUGAUUGCCCGUCGGGCGCCUAGACAACCGCCGGCCCCGAUGGAGACCCCGGUGGUGGGGGCACCCGUCACGCUCAUCAUCAAAGCGCCCAACCAGAAAUACACGGAUCAGACCAUCAGCUGCUUCCUGGACUGGACCGUCGGGAGACUGAAAUGCCACCUCUCCAAGGUGUACCCCAGUAAGCCGUCUACAAAGGAUCAGAGAUUGGUUUAUUCUGGCAGGUUGCUUCCUGAUCACCUGCAACUGAAAGAUAUUCUCAGAAAACAAGAUGAAUAUCAUAUGGUUCAUUUAGUAUGUUCUUCACGGACACCCCCAAAUUCCCCAAAACCUGAUACUAUUAGAGAAAGUCAUGAGUCUUCAGCAUCUAGCAACAGCUUGAGUUCAGAACGUUUGGAAUCAACAUCUCGUUCCCCAUCUCAAGAAACUGUAUAUACAGCUGUCACUAAUUCUGAAGGUGUGCGACAUCGCAACCUUACACAGACACAAAAUAAUCAAACGCAAAGCCAUCCAUUCUCAUAUAUGCUGCAGGGUGUAGAUAAUCAGUUUCCUGGGCAAGGAAUAUCAACUGGGUUUCCAGUAUAUCCUACUUUCAGCCCUCUACAGAUGUUAUGGUGGCAACAGAUGUAUGCACGUCAGUAUUAUAUGCAAUAUCAAGCUGCAGUUUCAGCACAGACAACCCUCAGUCCUGAGUCUACCAGACCUCCAGUUCCGGAGCCCUCAAGUUCUGAUCAUGUUCCUGCAAAUGAAGCCCCAGCAGCUCCAAACAUAGCUCCACAGGAGAACAGACCUUUAAAUCAAAAUGUGCAGAUGAAUGCUCAAGGAGGCCCAAUCAUAAAUGAAGAGGACUUCAAUAGAGAUUGGCUGGACUGGAUAUACACAUUCUCCAGAGCAGCUAUUCUUCUUAGUAUUGUAUAUUUCUAUUCAUCCUUCAGUCGCUUUGUUAUGGUGAUGGGAGCUAUGUUAUUAGUUUACUUGCACCAAGCUGGGUGGUUCCCAUUCAGACAAGAAGGAAUCCAACAGCCUGCAGCAAACAAUGCAGAUAUAAACCAUGAUGGUCAAAAUGUAAAUAAUGCUGGUCUUGAAGAAAUGGAACGUCUCAUGGAUGAAGGUAUUGAAGAAGAUAGUGGCGAAGACAUUGGUGAUGUCAAUGCAGAACAGCAUCCUGGAUUUAUGGCUUCCGCAUGGUCUUUCAUUACCACUUUCUUUACAUCCCUCAUUCCUGAAGGACCUCCACAAGUUGGCAACUAAGCAAAGGAGGAAUUAGUAAUAGAGCAUGGAAGUUGACUCUGGGAGAGUGGUAUUUUAAAUAUGCAGUUGAUGUGCGCGCGCGCGCACACACACACACACACACACACACACACACACACACACACACACGUAUGUGUGUCUAUACAUACAUACAUACAUACAUACAUAAAUAUAUAUAUAUAUAUAAAUAUAUAUAUAAAAUACAUAUAUACAAGCAGACACAGAGUAUAAAUAUACUGAUCGUGCUGUACAAAAAUGUGUUUUUUUCUUUCAGCUUUCUCAUGCUAAUGAAUAUUUUAAGCAGAAAUGGACUAGUAAAUUCUUUAGAAAUAUUUUUCUGUAAAGAAGAAAAAUGUAAAAAUUGGUCUUUCAUGUUUUUGUUUUAAUUGUAUUAACUGAGGGUAGGAAUCUGUAACUGGUGUGAAAUGCCUUUUCUUCAAAGAGUUAUUAAAUUACCAAUCUUACCAAUAAUAGUAGAAAUAAGCUCCUUUAGAGUAAAAAAAAAACUUGUGUUGGAA